AUGCAGUUGCUUGGCCUUGUGCGGAGUGGCAUUGCAGGAUAUUGGCCUUCCGACCUGUAUGAGAAGCUUAUCUAUGUCACCCACGUGAUCCUUUCGUGGACCGCACCGAUCCCAAACGCUGGGCCGGAGUACAUGCCUGUGUCAGGCCUCCGGCCGAAAGAACAGCUGCCAAAAGGCUACCUGGACUACGCACUGUCUCUGCAAGUGCCUUAUGGAUCCGCAGACGAGUUCGAGCUGUCAAGCGAAAGUCUUAUUGAGCAGAAGCUGACAAUCCUCCCACAGUCUUUGGACCUGCAGUCUUUCGGUCCAGAUGAGAACCCUGUGGAGUUUGUGAUGAAACAGCUCUCUUCCAUCUACCCGACAGUCUACCAGGAGUGGCCGGACAAGCUGAGUGAUGUGGCUUUGACACGCUUUUGUCUGCAUGGGCUGGGGGCGCACCGCGUGGCUGUGGAGACUAGAGAUGGCCAAAAGCUGUUUGUGGUCAUCAAAACCAAUGCUUUGUCUGGCCUUCCUGUACGAGAUGGCUUGGAAAGAUAUGGUGGUGAUGCUUACUUCGAUCAGCACUGGAAGCCCGUGAUGAUUGUUGACGCAGGGCGUGGCCCGCUUCGAAGUGACGGUACUAUAGAGGUUGUAACAAGCAGGCCCGGAGAUGCUGAUUGGGAGCGAGCUAAAUUUCGAUUUCGUUCCACAGUCUUUUCUUUGGUCACGCUGGUGGAUCACCUCUAUGACAUGCAUCUGCAGCAGGCAAACCUCUUUGUCACGGCGAUGCGUGAGCAAAUGUCUGAGGAGCAUCCUAUUAGACGGUUCAUGACGCCCUUCACUUACCGCUUCGGCCAAGCUGUUGCAGCAGCUCCAUCGCUGCUUCUCAAUGGGACAGAAGUUCCUGCGAAUGAAGGCGGCCCCAUUUUGUUCCGUGAUGACUAUGUGGAAUACUUGAAGAAGAAAGGCAUUGACACUGAAUACUGGAGACAGGUUUCUCAACUAUACAAGAUCUAUUUGCGCUUUGUCCUCGGCUACUUGGAGUGCUAUUAUCCAAAGAAGGAGGACCUCACCAAGGACAAAGACAUGCAUGCCUUGGUGAGACAGUUUUUCUUCCAGCUGGAAACCGCCCCACCGAACAUGCUUGGGGCUACUGGAGACUUCACUUUGUCUCACUAUGCAAAGGGAGUGGACGAUACGUACAUGUUCUAUGCGAAGUUCUUGGCGCAGAUCAUGUUCUUUGCAACACGGGGUGCCACAGCCACUGCUUUGCUCAUGUCCUUCACAAACUUGCCACAGCCCAAGUUCCUCAG